AAGAAAAUUAUUUACAACAUACUGUCAAGGGAGAGCACUUAAAAAUAUAGAAAAGCCGAACUUGUCUGUCGCAAGAGACUUUCAUACUUCAACUAGGCAAUACUUUUUUUUCUUUGUCAGAAACUGUUGUCACGUGCAUGCAUUUGGAGUUUAAAUUGGAGGUUUUGUAUGAACUUGUGCUUUCGAGUUUAUAAACAGAUUCUAAAAGAAGAUGGAGAGGCUUAUUAAAAGUCAAAAUUUUGCACACAACAAUAAAGAAUUAACAAUACUUUUAGAAGGGAAGUAACUUCAUUAACAAACAAUGACACAAACAUCAAGAAGCGAGGCGUACAAGAUGUGUUCUUAAGUUUGGAUGCUCUCUGUGACAAACUCACGAUCGAAACAAGCCCUAAAUAUGGAACCGAAGGUUGGCAAAUGGCGCAAUUCACUUUUGCAAAGAUAGUGUCUAUUGCCUGCACUUUUCGCAGAGAAAGUUCCUCCGAAAAAAUAGAAAAGCGGUUGUAUUUGUGUAUUGUCCGACUACUUGACCACAGCAUGACACUUCUGCACUUAAACAUGGCGUAUCAGUGUUUACAGGACAAUGGUCUGCAAGUGAAAACAUAUCUAAAGGAGUUGGAGAAAGAGAGUGCUGGAAACAUUUUGUCUGCUGUUUGUAAACCAAUCAAAUCAGAGGAAACUAAAUCUGGAGAUGAAUAUGCACAAACCUACUACAAAUUUAUGGAGGAAUUACUGGCCACAGUAACAGAGAGUCAAGUGAAAGACAAUUACAACUCACUUCUGGAGUAUGCUGUCUACUGUUUUUUAGACGCUACUUCCCUAGAGGAAGAAGUUUAUGUUAAGAUGAAAGACAUUGGAAGAAAGAUCUUAACAUUUGUUGACAACCCUUUUGCUAGUUGUGACAUUGAAAGGAUCAAGUACUACAUCCGAAAAUGCUCCACGCUUUUCCGGUUUGGAAUGUUCCCCUUACAUCAACAAGUUUCUCAAGGCUCAGUGGAAUUUACAAGGAUUAUGAUGUUAAACUUGGGGAAACUAGGUCAACUAGAACUGCUCUACAGUGAAGUCUUUGAAUUAUUAAUAGCUGCUGCAAAAUGCACAUACACUUCAGAGGGAGAUAACUAUGCCCUGGAUUUAUUUAAUGCAGCACACGGAUUUUUUCAAUCUUUUAAAACUAAGAAACGAUCAGUAAAUGUUGAAGCUUUUGAAAACAUUGUGCAGAGAUUCAUCGACGUUAUUGAUGAAAUGGAAGUACAAUUUUUGAAUUCUGAUGGGUUUACAUUCUCUGUUGUUAAUGCUCUAUUUGACUUAUACAGAAAAGAGAAGCUCUUCUCAGAGACGUGGCUGAAGUUGAUUGUACCACUACUUAAAAAACCUUGUAAAAGUACGAUGGAAGCUUGUACAAUGAUAUUGGAGACAAUCAGAAAGAUACAUUGGGAGGAACACACUGACAUCAUUGACACUUUAAUCGAUAUUUUACAGUCACUGCAGCCACCAGACUCUGUUGAAGACUUGGAUGGAACAGAAUUUGAGAAAUACAUUGAUUUUCUGAAUAGUGUAACAGACACUAUUUUUGAUAGCUUUGGAAGGUGUACAUUGGGAAAGUCUUACGGAAAUGUCCUGAUGAAUCUUUCUAUGAAAUUCAUACAAAUCAACCAUGAAGUUUUUCAUCGUCUGGCUGUGAAAAUCGCAAGAAUGAUGGUACUUGAUGAAAAAGGAGACAAAGCUGCUUUUAUGGAAGUGAUGAAAAUGUUGGAUGGUGUUUUAAAGGACGAUAAUCUACCUUUGUCUUCUGCCGAUACAUUAAAUAGUGCAGUCAUCGCUUUGAUCGAAGCGGGAUCUAAAUCUUUUAAAGAUGGUCAAGUGUUUUCAGACGAGGAUUUUGGAGUCUUUGUGUCCAUCUGCCAGACAUGUCUUAAGGAAGAUAGUUUAGAUUCACAAUUUAGAAUGCUUCCCUCUGGUCACUUUUUAGUAUUUUUUAACGUUGUUGGAUAUUUAUUAGAUUGGCUUGGAGAUUUAAACAAAAUGGAGUUAGCUGCUCCCCUUGUACCAGAGAUAUUAAAGAAAACAAGUGAAAAGGAAUCUACGAUUUCCGCAACGAUGAAAACGCCAUGAAUGUAUUUU